CUUUCACAUCUUCAAGAGAAACUCCGUGCUUCGGGGUUUUUAUCGACUUUUGUCGCGUUUCUUUUCAUUUUUUUUUUGCUGGUGCAGUUAUGCAUAGGAUUGUCUAAAGAGAUCCUUUCAUUCAUUUGAAGAGCAGAAGUCCGGUUUCACGUAACUUAUUUAAAAUAAAAGAGACAAGGCACUUUCUCAAGAUGAUGACCACCAGAGAACGAUGGAGAGUUUACAAGCGCAUCAGCUUCAUGUUCUUCCUGGCUGUAGUCGCGCUUACGGUGGUCCAGAGAGGAAACCUCACAUCGAUGCAAGACUUCCAGAGCAACAGAAUCGAGAGACAGGCGCGAAUGGAGUUCAUGGUGGAAGGCGACAAAAAAGACUCGAUUAGUGUCAACUUCUGGAAGAGCGUUCAAAGAGUGGAGUCCACCACAGAAGGAGCGAGAUUAACCCAAAAGCAAGGUCCCACGACGUGGGACGUCACCAGCUCCAAUUGCAGCGUCAACCUCAACUUCUCUUCCAUGGAGUGGUUCAGGGGCUUGGAAGCCAACUUCAAGCAAUUCCUGCUCUACAGGCACUGCCGGUACUUCCCCAUCCUCAUGAAUCACCCAGAGAAGUGCGCCGGAGAUGUAGACAUGCUGAUGGUCAUCAAGUCGGUGAUAACCCAGUACGAUCGAAGGGAGGUCAUACGGCAAACCUGGGGCAAAGAACAAGUGAUCAACGGGAAAAGAAUCAAGACGCUUUUCCUUCUGGGAACGUCUUCCAACGAGGAAGAACGGGCGAACCAUCAGAAGCUUCUGGAAUACGAGGAUUACAUCUACGGAGACAUCCUGCAAUGGGACUUCAUGGACAGCUUCUUCAACCUGACCCUCAAGGAGAUCCACUUCCUCAAAUGGUUCUCCACUUACUGCGGAAACACCCGCUACAUCUUCAAAGGCGACGACGACGUGUUCGUCAGCGUUCCCAACAUCUUGGAGUAUCUGGAAGUCAGCAAAGACUUGAAGGACCUCUUUGUCGGCGACGUUCUCUUCAAAGCCAAGCCCAUUCGCAAGAAGCAGAACAAGUAUUACAUCCCACAAGCCUUGUAUAAUAAGACACUCUACCCUCCGUACGCCGGCGGAGGCGGUUUCCUGAUGGAUGGGCCUCUGGCUCGGAAACUUUACGGAGCUUGCGAAACUCUGGAACUCUAUCCCAUCGACGAUGUGUUUCUUGGAAUGUGUCUGGAGGUGCUUCACGUAACUCCAAUAAAGCACAACGCAUUCAAAACCUUUGGGCUGGUGAAGAAUAAAACCAGCCGACUCAACAAGGAGCCGUGUUUCUUUAAGAGCAUGCUAGUGGUGCAUAAACUGCUCCCGCCGGAUUUGAUAGACAUGUGGAAACUGGUCAACAGUGACUUGAUCUGUUCGCAGAAAAUGGACUUCUUAUAGUCCCAGACUUUCUGAAUCUGAAACACGUUCGAAUUUAUUCGUAAAUGAAGGAAACGAAAUGAAGGACCUGCGGAGAGAACUUUGAGAACUUGCUCGAAGACAAUAAGUUCUCCUUUUUUGAGGAGAUUUCUGGACAAUAUUUUAACUUAAUUUAUGUACCAAAUGACAUGGUAUGCAGUUUGUUGGAUAAUGUGAAUAAUGUGUAAAGGGUUAAUUUUUCACUAGUUUAUUUAUUUUAUUUUUUUUGGAACAUCAAGGCUACAAAACAAAAAAUAUCACCCCAAAUGAAAAUGAUUAACUCAUCAUUAUGUUGUACUAUGCUUUUAUUUCUUCUGUGGAAGUAUUUUUUUUUUAUGAUUUUUUGGUCUAUGCAGUAAAAGUCAAUGCAGGAUACACACUAGGAUGAAGAAGAAGAGUAAAAGUCCAAGUAGUCUUGUUUUGGACCCCAUUGACUUCAACUGUAUAGACAAAAGUUUGCAAAGACAUUAGGUGUUUAAAUUAUUUUUGAUUGAACUAUGACUUUAUGUGUCACAAGACAAAAUGCAAUUGUCCCAAACAGAAGGAAACAAGUCUCUACCUCACCAUUUUUGUUUUAGUCUGCCCCUUUGUGGACAAAUAUUACCUUAACAUGUUUCCAAAGUAGAUUCAUUAAACAAGACCAUGUUAUUUCUGCGGCAAUGAUGUACAUUUCUGAAAUUACAGUAUAUUUGAAUGAUAGUAGCUCAUCGCGAUGUUUCAUCUCUGAAGAGCUUUUAUUUUUUGAUUUGCGCAUAGACUUGAGAUACAUUUGGUAGAGGGUUUACUUUAAAACUGUGAAACAGCACAUUGUCUGGUACAUGUAAAUAUUGAAUUAAUUUAUGAAAUACCUCCUCGGAUCAGAGGAGGCGGAGUCUGGUGUAGGAUAUUUAAUUGUACUUGAAGGUUACGCAAAACGUGACAUUUGUAAUCCAAACUGCAUGGUCUGAUUGCGUAAAAAAUAACUGUAACGAACAAACUAAGGUGAAAAUGGAUUAGUAUUUGUAAAUAAACAUUUCUUCAAAAAGACAAAAGUGUUUGAUUAUUCCUUUAUAUCCUUAAAAAAAAUGGCAUUUGUAGUUCUGUUAACAAGAAUUCAAGUAAAAGAUGAAAAUGACAGAUCAAAAAUACAUUUUAUUGCAUUUCUACAGCUUUAUUGUAAAAUUUUCACAAUGUAU